AGAGCCUUCAGAGUCAUGGAGUCUAACUGCACACACGGCUUCUGGGCGUUUCAGGGUUCCAGUGGGCUGUGGGGUGUGUUAGCAGCCAUCACUGCACUCCUGCUCCUCUCUUUCUGCUGCAAUAUUUUAUGCUGCGUUCAAAAACGUCUGGCAGGUAAAAAGUUUCUGCCCAAAUUCAGGAGGAGUGUGAGUCUAAAAAACAGAGAGAUGGAGGAAAACCCGAUUUACGGCAACAUCACCUAUACACAAACACACAACGAUGAUAAACAGAAAGUGGAAACUCAAUCUGAGCCACUAUCCUCUUCCCGAGACUGCUAUGCCAACCUGAGUCUAAAAGCUCCCAAACCCUCAACGUCAGGCCGUUCAUCUCCUCUGGCUAAGAUUCAGUACUCGGAUGUUGUGAUGAUCUGUGAGGAACUGGAGGAGAAAACCUCGGAGGAUAAAGACUCCUGCUCAGGUCUCUCAGAUCUUUAUGCCUCGGUCGACGUAGAACGCGUGAAGAGCAAGAAAGCGCAGAGCAAUGAGGCAUAUGCUAAUCACGUGUAAGGAGUGUAGACACGCCCACGCUCAUAUCAUCAACCACAGUGAUCAGCUGGAGCCAAAACACACACACACACACACACACACACACACACACACACACACACACACACACAUUUCUGUAAUGAUGAGAUUUGUAUCUGAGACAGAAAAACAUCACACUGAAUCCCUGAUCUCCUGAGAAUCUCCUGAGAAUUCUGUGUAAUAAAUGUACUGAAUAGACUCACUUUAUGCUGUAACUAUAGUGUGUGUGUGUGUGUGUGUGUGUGUGUGUGUGUGUGUGUGUGUGUGUGUAAGAUUAGACAGAAAACUGAGAA